GUGUGACAAGGGAGUGGCGAUGCUGUGAAACCCUCUUCUCUGAUUGGCUCUCUGGAAGCCAGCCGCUGCCACGAGGGAAAGAAGCUUCAGUUUGUCGCAUGCGCAGUCCUCAGCCAGCAGAGCCAUGUUCCUCAAGAGCACCACGGGUUUAUUUCAUUUUCCUACAUCACUGACCCGAAUAUGCCGGGCGCCCUGGGGACUCCGGCUUUGGGAGAAGCUGACGUUGUUAUCCCCAGGAAUAGCUGUCACUCUGGUCCAGAUGGCAGGCAAGAAGGACUACCCUGCACUGCUUUCCUUGGAUGAGAAUGAGCUCGAAGAGCAGUUUGUGAAAGGACACGGUCCAGGGGGCCAGGCAACUAACAAAACCAGCAACUGUGUGGUGCUGAAGCACAUCCCCUCGGGCAUCGUUGUAAAGUGCCAUCAGACAAGAUCAGUUGAUCAGAACAGAAAGCUAGCUCGGAAAAUCCUACAAGAGAAAGUAGAUGUUUUCUACAAUGGUGAAAACAGUCCUGUUCACAAAGAAAAACAAGAAGCAGCGAAGAAAAAACAAGAAAGGAAAAAAAGAGCAAAGGAGACCCUGGAAAAAAAGAAGCUACUGAAAGAACUGUGGGAGUCAAGUAAAAAGGUCCACUGAGAAAAGAAUUACAGAUUCCAACUGACAGAAUCUGCCAGAAGCUCCCAGGGAAUAAUGGCGGUGAGUUCCAUCACCAGCAUUAUUACAGUGCUUCAAAAGAAAUAUUUUUGAUGAACUUAAAAGACAACAAAGUUAUUUAAAUGGUGCACUAAACUAUAGUGAACAGAGACAUGCACGACUCAAGAAUAAAACUCGGCAGGCAUGGUGGACAGUGCCUCACACCUGUGAUCCCAGCACUUUGGGAGGCCGAGGCGGGCAGAUCACCUGAGGUCAGCAGUUUGAGAACAGCCUGGCCAACACGGUGAAACCCCGUCUCUACUAAAAAUACAAAAACUUAGCCAGGCAUGGUGGUGGGCACCUGUAAUCCCAGCUACUUGGGAGACUGAGGCAGGAGAAUUGCUUGAACCUGGGAGGCGGAGGUUGCAGUGAGCUGAGAUUGCGCCACUGCACUCCAGCCUGGUCAACACCUGGGUGACAGAGCAAGACUCCGUCUCAAAAAAAUAAUAAAACUAGGUUGAGCACAAUGACACACGCCUGUGUCCCAGCACUUUGGGAGUUUAAGGCAGGAAGAUCACCUGAGCCCAGGAGCUCAAGAUUGCACUGAGCUAUGAACACCACUGCACUCCGCCUGUCCACUUGUUCUUGUGUGACAGAACAAGACCCUGUCUCUUAAAAAAUAAGAUAAAACCAUAAAGAAACACAGAGUCAGUACUCUACAAGGAUAAUGGCCACUUCUAGAGGGAAGAAAGGAGUUGUCACUGUGAUGAGGCACUUGGAGGGGCUCUGGGGUGCCUGACAAAGUUCUAUUUCUUCACCUGGGUGGUAGUUAGAAGGGUGUACCCCUAUUUCAAGUUAUACCUUUGUGUGAUUGUAUCUGUUUUGUAAUAAUAAUUUUUUUUUUACAUUAGUAAAGUCAGUUUUUAUAGAGAACUGGAGAAUUGAGUCAAACAUUAAUAGCAUUUGGUGGCAACUUCUCAUCUACUGGGAAGCUGCUGCCCAGUGACACUUAAACAUCAGUUAUCCCGAUGUCAGCUCAAGACAGUAAAACAGAAAACAAGGGCCGGGCGCGGUGGCUCAUGCCUAUAAUCCCAGCACUUUGGGAGGCCGAGGCGGGGUGGAUCACAAGGUCAGGAGUUCGAGACCAGCCUGACCAACAUGGUGAAACCCUGUCUCUACUAAAAAUACAAAAAUUAGCCAGGCAUGUUGGCACGUGCCUGUAAUCCCAGCUACUCGGGAGGCUGAGGCAGGAGAAUUGCUUGAAUCCGGGAGGCGGAGGUUGCAGUGAGCUGAGAUUGCGCCACUGCACUCCAGCGUGAGUGACAGAGCAAGAUUCUUGUCUCAAAAAAAAAAAAAAAGAAAACAAGAUGGUUGGAAGAGUUAAAGGCUCCGUUCCUUGUCCAUGUGCUCCAUUAGCUUCUAGGCUGCAUGAUGCCCAGUUGUGCCUCUGAUGUAGAAAUACAUUCCCUGUGUGUUCAUUUGCAAGAUUUGUAAAGGUGAGGUUCCAGAAUCUGAUUGCUUAUAAAUUUACAUUACUCAAGCUGGAUUUGACUUUAGAGUUUUGUUGUUUUUUUUUUUUUUAAGCCAUGCUUAAUAACUUGGCUUGUUAGAACUCUUCUGGAGUCCACCUAGAAAACAAAUAGGGAAAAAUACUGGGAGGUGAGAAGGCCAUUGUGAGAUUGCCAGUUGCGGGGCCUGCUUCAGUUCUGCAGUCUGUCCAGCAGCCUAGGCCGCAUGUCCAGUGCAUACAUUCAAGCACACCUUUCUCUUUGAGGCUGCCAAUGAAGGCUCUUCUCACCUCAGUGACCGCUUUGGACGCUUACACAUUCAAUGCAGGGCUCAUUCCACACCUCCUGUUGCGAGUGUACAGGACCCUUCCCCAGCCCAAACUCCCUUUAGAAAAUAAAGUCUCUAGAAUGACACCUAAGAAAUCAGUAAUAGUGGGAAGGGAAAUUUGGAGCUGGAGAUGAGGGACAGUGGUUCCCAUUUGUCUCCUCUCUCAUACCUUUGCAACUUUCUGCCACAUGCAGGAAGGGGACACAGCACCCAUUUCCCUAGAGCCUGUUCCUGCUGGCCUUCUGCCUUGUCACAGCUGAGAAUUUGCCUGAUGCCUGCAUCAAAAACAAGUCUCAUUUGUCUUUGUCUACUGCUCAGCAAAGCAAAUUCUCAUUACAGGCAUUUAGGGCCUAAGAUACAGAGUAAGUAUUAAAAUCCCUUUGAGAGGCAUUGUCAGAGACCAACAGGUGGAUUCUCAACACAUCCAGUGUGGCCCAUUUUUUCCCUGGCACCAAAGCAGAUGAUUCUUCCAGUGAGCACCUUAUG